AUGACUGAAAACGCAGACAAGACAGCCGAGCCCGAAACAGGUGGAGGGGCUCGCCUCACCACAGCCCCAAUUCAAGACGCACCCAGCAAAUCAGAGGAGGAUUCAAAUGUGCAACAGGUCCAGGAUGAAGACGAUGAUGAUGACAGAAAAGCCCAUGUGGCUCGUUACAAUAACAAUGUUCCCUUACCUAUCAGACGCUCACUUUUGCCUAAGUUUCCUUUCGAAAUUGGAGAGACUGUCUGGAUUGUACAACCAGGCUACCGUGCACCACGAGGGGAAUUCCGCAUUACAAAGGUGCACCCCGACGACUUGUUUGAGCUUGUUGAUUGUGCAAACAAUGUCAUGCACCCAGAUUUAGUGGAGGGCAAGUAUUUAAGGCGUGAUAUCUAA